AGUAUUUUAAGGCUUAAAACCAAACAAAGUGUAUACGGGUGUCAAGCUUAAACCCAUUAAAGACCUCUUUCUAAAAAUUGUUGAAAAAGGCAAUCCUGCUAUAAAAUCCCAACAAAUCUCUAGUGGAAUAUUCAUCACAAUCUUCUGUCCUCGGUCGGUUGGGUUAUUCGAAUUUUAGAAUAUGAAGAAGAUUUCAGAUCAUUUUAAUAUGUUCAAGCGUAGAAUACAAGGAUGUUUUGAAGCCUCUAAAGUUGAAAGGGGCUCCUGUUCAAUCCAAAAAGAUGAGACUCAGAAUCAUAUGUCUACUUCCCAUGAAACUGUUGAAGAUACUAAUGUGAGUGAUGAUUCAAGGCCUGCAUAUCCAUCUACUUGUGAAGCGAUAGAAACUGCUGUAAUCAAAGAAGAAACUGUGAAGACUCUCUCAGUUUCGGUACAGGAAAGAGCGCUUAAGCCUGUGGGUAGAGGGCCAAAGGCUCCUACUGUCAAGGCAAGAUCUCCGGGUCAAUACCAUUAGAGAUUUAUACUUUGCCUUUCAUGAAGGAGAAAAAAAAAAGAUUUGAAUGCUCCAGUCGAUUUCAUAGAUGUUGGGAGAGAUUGAGAGGGUGUUUUGUAGUUCAAAUGGUUUUCCUGAAGUUGAAGCUUCUGUUUUGUGGGCAGAGCAGUUGUAUAUACUGGCUUGUUAUAGCUAUGUUGCAUACUGUAUAUAUGUACAUGAUGUCCAACUAUAUAUAUGUGUUUUUUGUUUUUUUCUUGUACCUUCA